AUGGCCUCGCCCGUGCUCCGGUCGCCCGACCUUUUCACAACGAUUGCGUCGUACCAAGAUGGACUACCGCAAGAUUUGGCGAUCGUCCAGCGCCUCGCCAACACCAUGGAGCUCACGACGUACCAACCCUUUGGAAUCUUGCACCAAGCUGGGGUUUUCGCCCACGUCCCAGUCCGGUUUGCGUCGUUGCCGUAUCUCGAGCGGUACCCACGCGAGAUGACAAGGCUACCUCAUCACGCGCUCUUUGUCUCGCCGUGCUUGUACGACCGCGCCCUCGCACUUCAUCUAACGAUUGUUGAAGGUGACGUGACGCUCGUCCAGCAAUGGCUGCGAUGGGAUGCCUCUCUGUGUACGUCGGCGACGCUCGAGCUUGCUGCUGCUGCGUCUCAAGGUCCGAUUCUGCGUCUUCUCUUCGAGCAGUUUCCAGCGCUGGCCACACCCAAGAUGAUGGACCUUGUCGCCAUGUCGGGUGACCUCCCACUGCUCUUGUGGCUUCACGAGGCGGGCGUGGCGUGCACCACUGCCGCGAUGGACGGCGCGGCCAUGAACGGUCACUAUGACGUCGUCCUCUUCCUGCACUCUGCAAGGACCGAGGGCUGCACGAUCGCGGCGGCAACGGCAGCAGUGGUCAAUGGUCACGCGUCGAUCGUUCGCUUUCUUCUCGUGCAGCGCACCGAAAGCUUUGACCCAUCGCUCAUAUUCAAUGCACCGCAUGUCGAGCACUUGACGCACAGUGUACUCGGCGAGGCGCAUAUUGAGGCUGUCGACCUCGUCGAGGCGACGGCGCAGUUGACCGACGCUGCGCUUCAGACGAUCGUCCACAGGGGGGGUCUCGCCGUCCUUGAACACGUCUACACACGUGGGUACGUUCCACGCAUGACCAAGUCGAGAAUGCAGUGCGCGCUCGCCAAGCAAGACCACGCAAUGCUGCGCUACGUUCUCGACUGCAUCGACCAAGAGAACCCGCGACCACCGAGCGACGAUGAAUGGCUGCCACCGACCAACGUCGGUUCGCACAAGUCGCCUCGGCACCCGAGUCCAUUCGAUCGGUGGGACUUUUGUACUCUCAUGGAUUUCGCGGCCUUCAACGGCGACCUGACGUCGCUGGAGCUCUUGCACAAGAGCCGCCUGCGCGUCGGGUCGGGCCGAUCUAUCGCCUUGGCCGCGUACCGCGGACACACGCAUGUUCUCGAAUGGCUGCAUACGAACCGACGCGAUGGCUGUGACGAAGAUGCGAUGGCGCUCGCUGCUGGUCAUGGCUACUUGGACGUUGUGCGCUGGCUCCACGAGGUCUACGGACUGUGUCGGACGAACGCUGCCUUCGCGACGGCAGCGUACGCGGGCCACCUCGAUAUGGUGACGUACCUCUUGGACGUACCGACGGACGGUGUCGAUACGCCAAGCGACGCACAACUCCCGACACGACAUCGCCUUGCCCGCGCGCUGGGCUGCCUCCUGCGCCCGCUCGGCCUCCUUGGCGGCUUUGAGGCGCGCAGCCUCUUCGCGCCGAAGGGCCUUGGCCGCCCGGGCUUGGUACGCCUUGCGUUUUUCCAGCACCUUCUUGAGGAGCUUGCGGGCCUCGUCGUCGGUCGCGACGGUGUCCGCGACCGGCUGGAUCGCGGCGGCGGUGUCGACAGCUCGCAUCGGAUGCGAUCUUGGGCUAAAAACACGCAGUUUGCACGACAGUGUUGACCUAUCACUUGUCUCUAGUGAGCAACGGCGCGGACGCCUUCACGAGAGCUUUGGCUAACGCUGCAGUCACCGACGCCUCAUCAGCGCGGUGCGGGCAGCACACGUCGACACGGUAGCGUACGUGCUGUCGCAUGGCUGCUGGCAGCACGAGGCCCCGAAGACGCGCUUGAGGCAGUCUUUUUCCAAUCUGCCCACGCCGCCCAACGAGGUGGUGUCUCCUUGGGAGAACUUGUGUGUCGCGGUCGCGGACUCUGGGCGCGUCGACUCGUACGAGCUCGUGGGUGACGCGUUUCCCGUCGAGUUGGCGACGCCGCUACGAGCUCGCAUCUCGGAGCGCAUGAUGGUCCACGCGGCGCUCCAUGGCCAUCUCGACAUGCUCCGACAUUUGCACACCAAAUGCGGCUUUGGAUGGACGGCUGUGGUGUGCGAUGCAGCGAUGCACAGCCGCCGCAAGACCACACUGCGCUACCUGGAGACGAUGGGGCCUCCGGGCGCCACCAUGUACACGGCCGACAAGCACAUUGGCGCGAGGGCGAGACUAGAGCCUCA